AUGAACGAAGAGGAACGGAAUGAUGACAAUUCAUCUGACGGCGAUGGUGUCCAACUUCCGCCCACAAUCAAAGUGGUUACCCAAAACCUAUCGUCGCCUGCCACCGCUUCUCCAACUGAUUCGACCUAUGCCGAAACUGUGCCUGCUGAUGGAAGGUUAAGUCCCAACCUUAUCCCCACUGGUCUAACUUCCAGUCCAACCUUUCGGCCUAUUGAACCUUCGUCGCCCAACUUCAUUCCUCUUCGAAGAUCCUCCCCGACUGAAUCCUCGCUCUUCGAAGUCAACUCUGUUGGAACUGUCAGAAGAUAUAUCCGCGCCGGUCAGCGGAACAGUACCUUGACAGAUGCUUCUUCAUCCGAGCUGCAAAGUGUAACUCCAUCCCCUUCCAUUCCUUCAAGUCCACCAAAUGCGGCAUUGAGAUCCUACCAGUCCACUACAUCAUUUAAUCUUCCCCGCCCAACAAGUUUCCGGCUCAACACAACGUCUUCCGCUUCGUCUGGCAGUAGUCGAUCCAUUCCAGAUGGUCAGUCGUCCGUGGGUAGUAGAGCUCCCGUCCAGUACCCUAUCAUUCGUUACCCACAAACAAGUUCGCGGGCCGAAACUUCUCUCGUGCGGUCCAUGAUUGAGCGCUUUUCUGGAGGCUUGAACCCGCAUUUGUCGACCAUUCCCUCAGAGUGGUCAGCAGAGAGAUUACAAAGCCUUUCCUCUCCAUCACCCCGCGAUGAUCGCACGGACGGUAGUGGGACAAGAGGUUCAUCUGAGGCUAAACGACACGACUCUUCAAGACCGUCGGUUAGGUCUCUUGAUAAAUCAGAAGCCGAGGAACACAGCGAUAACUUAACGCAUCUUCGAUCCCUACCCCUUCGACAAAAAACCUCUGGAACAUUAAGCCAUUCGUCGUCGUUAUCAGCGUUAAGCAACCCAAGAAACUUCCUUCGCUCGCCAAGCAACAGUUCGAUCCUCCACACGAUCCCUACCUGGGCCAGAGUAUACUAUCGGAGUGGUGGACUUGGACCCCAGUUUGCUUCUCUUUUCACAUUCGAAAGCCGACCAUCAACACCCCAAUCUCCGCCCUCAUCAGCCAUCUCUGCCAAAUCUGCGGCAUAUAACAGCAACCCGCCAAUGGUCAGCCGGACGCCGCUGGGCAUAAGUAACCCAAGAGUCCGACCCCGUGAAAUCAGUUAUCCACCACGACCGGGUAACCCUACCCCGCCCGAGGAUCCCGAUGAUCCCGAUGACCCCGUUGAUGCUAUUGAGCCCGUCGAUCCCACUGACCCGAGAGUCCACUGGGUGCCCGAUCCCGAGCAAUUCAAACACCCACAACCUAUGGAGAACUUGCCGGGUGCAUGGUCACCCCAUUUGUAUACGGACAAACGCGCCAAUAAUGUGCGGAGGAGCAUGUGGAAGCCGCCUUCGUUUAAUGAGAAGGCGGAGGGAUUUAUAAGCCGACGCAACAUACAGGUUUAUGCUUUUGCGCUGGGUUUCGUGUUCCCAUUGGCCUGGAUCAUUGCCUCCUUCCUACCUCUCCCUCCCCAGGUUAGCGAAGUAAGUGAGGAGGCAACCACUAGCCGGCCAGAUCUGGAACAUGCGUUCCGCAAUCGCGUUGUUCUGGUGGACCAGACGCGGCAUGAGAACGCGAGAUGGUGGCGGAGGGUUAAUCGCUUCAUGUUCCCAAUUGGGCUGGCAGUUAUUGCUAUAGUGGUGGCGCUGGCAGUUCUGCUCGUGGAAAGACGAUGA